AUGAAGGUUUUCUCUCUCCUCACCACCCUCGCGGCGGCGGGCGUCGCGCUCGUGUCCGCCCAGGGCAUCAUCGACGACAACUCCGACUCCUUCCCCGAAGACCUCAACGGCUCCAACUUCACCUACCCGUGGCCCGUGAAACUGUACAAGUUCACCUCCCAGCUGCAGGAGCUCGAGAUGGCCUUCAUGGACAUCGAGCCCAAGUGCAAGCCCAAUGGCAAGACAGCCGUCCUCUUCCACGGCAAGAACUUCUGCGGCCCGACCUGGGAGACUACCAUCCGCGUCCUUGCCCAGUCCGGCUACCGCGUCAUUGCCCCGGAUCAGAUCGGCUUCUGCAAGUCUUCCAAGCCCGAACGCUACCAAUUCUCCCUGCAGCAGUUCGCGACCAACACCAACGGCCUGCUCAAGACCCUCGGUAUCGAGAGCGCCACCGUCAUGGGCCACUCGCUUGGCGGCAUGCUCACCACCCGCUAUGGCUUGAUGUUCCCCGACGAGGUCGACGAGAUGGUCCUCGUCAACCCCGUCGGCCUGGAGGACUACAAGGCGCUCGGCGUCCCGUACCUCCCCAUCGACGACAACUACAAGUCAGAGCUUGCCAGCUCCUACGCCUCCAUCAAGGGCUACGAGCAGGCGACCUACUACGUCGGCGAGUGGAAGGACGAGUACGACACCUGGGUCAACAUGCUCGUCAACAUCUACAAGGGUUCCAAGGCCGAGACGUACGCGCUCAAUCAGGCCCAGAUCGUCGACCUCGUCCUCACCCAGCCCGUCAGCUGGGAGUUCCCCCUCGUCAAACCGCGCACUCUGCUCAUGAUUGGCGAGAAGGACAACACCGCUAUCGGCAAGCAGUGGUCUCCUCCCGACGUCGCCGCCAAGCUGGGCAACUUUACUGCUCUCGGCCCGGCUGUUGCAGCUCAGAUCCCCAAUGCGACUCUGCACACUUUCCCCGAGCUGGGCCACGCGCCCCAGAUCUCCCACCCUGAGGAGUUCCACGACGCCCUUGUCGCCUGGUUAUCGAAAUAA